CCGAUAAAACAUAAACAAACCUACCGCACGUUCGUUCACAAACAACAGCCACGAAAUUCAAAACCACUCCGAAAGAAAACGAAAAAAAAAUACUGCGUGUGAAAUAAAGCAGACUGCUCGUCGAAUAGUUGCCGUUAUUGGCUAAAAAUAAAUACAGCAUUCAACUGGAUUGCGCUAGCUGGCCGUUACAUUCAAAACGCAAACGAUAUUCAAACGGCAAACAGGGAAGUAGCUACCCGCAGAGAAUGAAAACGUUACGCAUGCAUCGUCUAUAAAAAGCUGUACGGCUAAAAAUAACAACCACCAUUCUCCCCGAUAAGUAUGUAAUAUUUAUGCAUUUUGCUGUCUUUCUUUUGCGUCCGAGAGAAACAACACAAACCGAAAAAGAGCAUAGUACAGCCAAAGGAAUAGGAACCCCUGAUUAACAUACUUUUUUUUCUCUCUCUCUUCUCGUGCGUAGUUCCAGCCCUUUCACAAACAACCACCGCCUGUCCCGUGAAGCGGUAAACCGACGAGCGUUAUUUUUAAAAAUCCACCACCUUUUAGCUGUUAAUUAGAACAACGAAAGGUUGAGAAUACCGUGUUGCGUGCGGGAGACUUUGUGAAAGAAAGGCUGACAAUUGUUGGUGGUUGCUCGGAGCUGUACUUGCAAACCAUUAGUUGGUUAGUUGUGGUGUCUGAUUGUUGUCUAGUUUGACGCUUGCUCUCGCGUUCUCCGUGUCCUGUGCGAAGCAUGAAGAAAUCCAUUCAUCGACGGGGGGAUGUAAUACUGCAGGAGAAACCGUUCGUCUGUGUGCUGGAUCCUCGUUAUCGUGAUUCACGAUGUGACCGUUGUUUUAAGGAAACCAAAGUGAUGAAAUGUUCCAACUGUCUGUACGUACGGUACUGUGGCCGUUCAUGCCAAAAGGAAGCAUGGCCCAACCAUAAAGAGGAAUGUGAAAAGCUAAAAGUACUACCAUCGGGUCUAAUCGUACCAUCCGCAGCACUGAUGAUGGCAAGGAUUGUGCGUCGUCUACUGAAAGGCGGUGACACCCAUAAAGGCUACUACACCUCGAAACUUUACCGCAAAUUCAGCGAUCUUAUGCCACAUGAGGAAAACAUUCAACAAGAUUCCAAAAGGAUGGAUCAUUUCGGUACACUGUUCGUGGUGCUGCAGCGAUUGUUGGAUGAAGCGGCAAGACCGACCAAGAUGGAAUUGCUUCGAAUCUACGGAAAGAUGUGUAUAAACACAUUCAAUAUUCUGGACAACGAAAUGAAUACUAUCGGGACGGGCAUGUACAUCGGUGCUUCGAUCAUCGAUCACAGCUGUCGGCCGAAUGUGGUAGUUUCGUUCGAUGGAGAAACGCUACAGAUGCGACUGCUGGAAGACUAUCCGGAGCAGGAGCUUGAUUUUGGCAAGCUUUUCAUUUCGUACAUCGACCUUAUCGAUACGACCGACGUUAGAAGGGAACAGCUUGCCGAACGGUACUACUUUCGAUGCGAAUGUGACCGCUGCCGGGGUGAGCAGGAGGAACAGAAGCGUAUGAAUGCUGCCGCAUGUCCGAAUAGCAAAUGCGAACAACCGCUCGAUCUGAACGAUCCGGAGCUGGUACAAUGUGCUGUUUGUGGUACAUCCGUUACACAUUCCGACCGGGAAACGUUCAACGAAAUCAGCAGUUUCACACGGGAUCAUUUAGCGCAAAUGAAAAGCGUUGCAUCUACAGAUCUCGACGUUAGUCGGUUGUGUUUACAGAAGCAGGAAAAUGUUCUACACCGCUACAAUGUGCACCACAUCAAAACGCUAGAAAAUGCAAUGGAAAGUGCACUGAACUUGGAGAAAUGGAACGAAGCGACCGGAUACGCACUGAAGCUGCUAGAUGGGUUUCGACACUACUACAGUCCAUACCAUCCGAUGCUUGGGUUAACGUAUCUAAAGAUUGGUAAAUUGCAGCUGUACGAAUGUCACUUUGCUGAGGCACUCAAACACCUUCAACAGGCGGCCAAAAUUUUGCGUGUCACGCACGGUGAGCAGGCCGAGCUGUACAAACGUGUGCUGAUACCAUUGCUGUGCGAUGCGGCACAAGGAGAUCUUGGCCAUCUUUCGAUAGCGUCUAACUAAUUAAACCGGCUUUAUAGGGGGAAAACCCCCCGUUUAACUAUUAUCUGUUUCGGGAUUUUAUCCUACAAAAAAAUAAACGUGAUCAAGGAUAAACUAUA